AAUUCCAUCCAGUUUUUUUCCCCUCGCGCCAUUCCUUCACCACCAUGCAUCCUGAGCUGAAAGCUUACCUGGACGAGUUUCAGGCGAAGGCUCAGGCGCGCUACGACGCCACGGACAGACUGUUCGCGCAGUACGACGCACUGCUCUCCAGGCACAUCACGGGAGCUUCGACCCCGCAGCCGGCGCGCUCCGCGGUCGUGGCCUCCGAUGGCGGCCUCACCCACGACACCCUUGUCCCCGUGGUUGUCCCCGACGUCUUCUCCGCCCCCUCUUACACCAGCAAAGCCCAGGAGGUCCUCGAGCUCAUCCCCGAUGCGUCCCCUGCGUGCAUCACAAGGGCGCCUGUCAUCUGUUCGACAUAUGGCUCGAACCAAGUCCUUGCUGGCAUCUCGACUCCACAGCCGGUGCGUCCCAUGGGCACGGCAGCCUAUGGCGGCCUCACCAACGAUGCAAGAGUCCCCGCGGUCAUCCCCGACGCCUUCUCCUCCACCACGAAGGCACAGGAGGUCAUGACGGCCCACCAUGAUGCAUCCCUGGACUCCAUCGACCCGACGCCCAAGACCUGUUCGACGACUGGCUCGACCCAGGUCGACUCCCUCAUCAACGUCGACGAGGCCCAAGACGCCACCACCAUCGUCCACCCCGAGCACGCGGUCAUCAUGAACUACACAAAGGUCACACAGUUCAUAUCGUUGCAGGCAGCGCUAUCCAUCGACAUCAUCCAUUCACCGCAGAUGCCCAUGAAACGUGAUAUGGGAAUCGAGCAACAAGGUCAGCUGCUACACCCAACAUUGCGGUCCUCGUUUGCGUAUCAUUCAGAGUCAACAUAUUUAGAAGCUGCAACGGGAAGCUCCUGGUUCGUGUCAUGUCCUACUGGGAAACUUUGGCGUUGUUUGCAGUAUGAGCAUCGACAACAAUGGCCGCCCCUUGUCCCGGUACAGAUUGUUGUGAACAACGCUCCCUUGUUCCACGACACGGCUAGAGGCUGCGUCUAUGAUGACUUUGGAUAUGUGUGGUGGCCACCGGAUCACCAACUCAACUCCGUAUGAUGAACGAAUUGCGAGCAUGGUUAACUCCUAGUCAGCAUGCUACUGGGGUUGUGCAUCUAUCUCAUAACAUGAAGAACCCGGGUACUUUGAGUGCAAAACUGUCAAGCCAAAAAGAUCUUCAAUUAACGCAGUUCAAGCAAAAUCAUUAUUCCCUAGAUAUUGCAACACAUAUUGCAGAUGUACAUGGCAUUGAGAGUCAUUUGCAUAACGUGAUUCAGCUCUGGGCAGUGGAUGUCUUUGCAUGUGUGAGUAUGCCAGGGAUGGACGGAAUCUCUUGGCAUGGAACAUUUGCUACACAUACAGGUUAUCUGAUUUCUUGUAUGUCUAGACAAUGCCCAUGGCCGUCAUUUGAUUGCUUUAAUGAAGGCGCGCACCUGAGGAGUUGCCAAGCAGCACAGUUAUGGUCAAAGCUACUGCAAGUAGAAUUUCAGACUAGUACUCCUGGUUCUCCUGAUACAAAUCACACGAGAGAAUCCUGUUGUGGCUCUCAGUUUAAUGGAAUUUCAGAAUAGCAAAAAAGUGAGCGCUAUGAGAACUCCUAUUCUACUGUUAACAAUCUUGGUUCAGUGGUAUUUGAAUCUCAUGAUCUUGGUUCGGGUUAUUUAUACCUCAGGAGAAAAACCUUGUGGUGUCCGCAAAAUGAGCAACAGAAAACAUGUCCUUCGGAGAAAGUUAUUUGCAGGAUCCUUAUGGUGUCAAGACUUAUCUCUAUUCCAAGUCUGAAGGAAACACAAUUAAUGGAUAAUGUGGACUUCACGGUGGCAGAACGGUUGUUCUUUGUAUCAUCUAUGCAACCAUCUUAUGAAUUGCAUGCUCAAGUUCAACAAACUUCGUUUGGCCGUCGGCUCUCUGUUUCAGUUGAGCUUCAAAGUUAUGAUGUAGCCAACCCCCGACCAAGACCAUGGCCAAUGUUCGAGUUUACUCAGGAAAUCAUUCAACCGAAGCUACACUUGGCAUCAGUUUUAGGUCAUUAUUGCACAACUCAUGUGGUGUUCAAGCAAAUCUCCAGUAGUCAGCUCUAUCUACAGAUUGGCCACAUGAGGUUCACGUGUGAUGGAUUGUGCAAUGCUCCUGGAACGAACAACUUGGAAUUCACUGAUCCUGCUACCUAUUUUGCUUCUCUGCUACUCACUUCUCCUGCUAUCAAUCACACUGGGUUCUCCUACUCAAGUACAACUGCUACAACCCUGAAACCACAGUUUACUGUUUGCCCUACUGAAUCACUACGGCCCGGCUUAUUAUUAUACGAGGAAGAUGGUCAGCAAUAUGACAAUAAGCUCUUUCAGCUGGUGAGCGAACACAUGUCACAUACUGUAGUUAUUCCACAGUUUAUUUUCACUUUGCAUGACGGUCACUCUAGUGAAUUCUGCAACCCCAAUGGGCUCCUUUCAUCAGCUCCAGCCUUAAAAAAGCUACAACUACUUGGGUAUACAAGUUUGAUUUGCUCUGGCUUUAUUCAACAAGUUCCCUGUGGUUAUGAUUCUUCUACUGCUGCUUGCACCAUCUACUUGGAUGAUCCAUCCCUUCUGGCCUUUAUUACAUUCGCAGGAGCUGCUCCAUCUGUUGUGUGGUCUACAGAAUGUAUGCACCUCGUCCUUGAAGGAUCGGAUGAGCUUUUACCAUGUUUUCUGCCGAAGCCCCCAUGGAGUCAUCAUGCUUUGCAUUACGCCGUUAGUAGGCUCGUGAUUGUUGCAGGAUCAUCACCUUGUAAUGCCCAGUUUGACUCAAAGGAAGCAAUCGUGUGGGCAUGUCACCUUGAACAGCCAUGGACCCAGGCGGCAGCAGUUUGUCCAUGUGGAUUCCUCACUCACUGGAAGAAACUGGUCGCUGUCGAGACCAAUCGGUCCUCGAUGGCAUCGGCUUGGGGUCAAGCUGAAUCUCAAGGGGUAGGGGAUGUCAGCAACCCAAUUUCCGGUAGCGGCAGUCCACGCAGCAAGCCCAUCAGCUCAUGGGCCGAGCCUGGGUGCGUGCCAAUCGAAGGACAUACUACAAGUAUGCAGACCAAGCGCUGUGAAAAGCCAUCCGGGCUUGGAUCAGGCAAAGGCAACGACGACUCUCUCUCCUUCCCCUAUCUUCUCCUACCUCCUGUACUUCCUUCCCAAAUCCUUGUAUUUGAGCUCGAUUUCUCUGUAGUGGAGUGAUUCUCGAGUGGAACCUAACAAUAUGCCCGUGAGGUUUUGAUAAGUUUGCUUACAUACCAUCUGUUGGGGCCUCUGGCGGCAUUAUAACCAUAUGUAAUAGCUCGGUUUUCACUUGUACGGUAACCCUCACAGAAUAUUUUGCCCUAGGAGUUAAAUUCUUAUCCACACAAUCAUCUCAUUCCUGGACACUAGUUAAUGUAUACGACCCAUGCCAGGGAGGAACACAGAGAACAAUUUGUCCAUUGGAUGUUCGAUGCUAAUAUACCCACUUAUGAA